AAGGAGGAAGAUAGUCACUGCCACUCACUACUCAGCCUCUCCAUUAUUAUUAGCUCCCUGUCUGCAGCUGCGACUUUGCGCAACUGAAUCUACCCAAGAGCACAAUACGGAUCUCAGGUAAAAAAAAAAAAAAGGUUUAGAAUAGCAGCAGGAAAAUAAAAUGGACCCAUUCGCUAAGGAGUAGUUCAGGUAGGAUUCAUAAGAUGGCCCUUUAAAUUGAAACCCCGCAUCUUGGAAACAUCGCUCCGAUUUUAUUUUUUUUCCUUUCCGCUCCAUAUGUUCAAGACGGUCAAUUAUCCGGCGGUGGAUCCCGCGUCCACCAUCAUGCACGGCGCCUGGCUUUCCACGGGGUGCCGAGAAAACAUGCCCGUGGCGGUGGAGAAACCCAAGAAAAAGGCGUUCAGCCUGGUCAAAAUAAUGUCCCUGACUAACAAGAAGGACCAUGGACAGAAUGCGCACCAGCAGCAGCAGCACCACAACAACAACAACAUGCCGUUCACCAUCCACUGUCACAUCGGGAAGGAAAUCAAGCACAUUUGCAGCAACUGCAGCCGUGGAAACAACACGCAAGACGCUGAGGAAGUAGAGCGGCUGUCUGCCAUGCGUUCAGAGUCCCUGGUCUCUGGUACACACACUCCGCCCAUCCGCCAUCGGAGCAAGUUUGCAACUCUUGGAAGACUCCUCAAGCCCUGGAAGUGGAGAAAAAAGAAGAGUGAAAAGUUCAAGCAGACAUCUGCAGCUUUGGAGAGGAAAAUGUCCUUGCGACAGAGCAGAGAUGAACUCAUCAAAAGAGGGGUUCUGAAGGAGAUCUUUGAAAAAGCUACUGUUGAAUUCCGAUCCUCCAUGGAUGGCGGUAUUUGUCCUCAGGAACCCUCCAUAAAGUCAUCUAUGGUCCUGCCCACCAAGAAAUCUGUAUCUUUUCCAAGUGAUCAUCAGGAGACUCCAGCCAAACCCCCACUUUACCACAAGCAGCCACCUGCCCUGCCUCCAAAGCCUUUCACUAGGAUCUCAAACCAUAGCACAGAUUCUUGCCAGCCAAUGAAGUUGCCCUGCAUGCCCGGAGCAAAGCACUCCCCACCCUUGCCUCCUAAGAAAGUGAUGAUCUGUGUGCCUCCAGGCGGGCUCGACUCCUCGCCGUCUCCGUCCCCCAUUCCCCUCAACUCGCUCCCGCCAAAGUGUGCACCUCCACAGGGUUUACCACCUCACCACGGAUCGCUGCUGCCCUCCCAGUUUGUCGGGCUUUCCCAGCUCCACCAAAACCACGGCCACCCUUUCCAGCUCCAGUACGGCGGCCUUCAUGCCCCCAGCCGCAUCAUAGAGGAGCUCAAUAAAACCCUGGCACUAUCCAUCCAACGGUUUGAAAGCUGUGCUCUACUGGGCAGUGUUCAGUGUGCUCCCCUGGACAGGAGAGAAGUGCCAUCUGUGAUAAUAGACUACGACGACGACAAGGAAAACUUGCCUAGCGAGUCGGAUUAUGAAGACCUGCCCAGCAUGUAUAAGGACGAGGAGGAUGAUGUGGAUGAUGAUGAGGAGGACGAUGAAGAUGAUGACUCCUUAUUUACAAGUACCCUGGCUAAGAAGGUGCUACGAAAAGAUUCACUGGCCAUCAAGCUAAGCAAUCGUCCAUCGAAAAGAGAGUUGGAGGAGAAAAACAUUUUGCCUAUGCAGACAGAUGAAGAGAGGCUAGAAUCACGCCAGCAGAUAGGCACCAAACUCACAAGGCGCUUGAGCCAGAGACCCACAGCAGAGGAGCUAGAACAAAGGAACAUCCUCAAACCCCGCAAUGAGCAGGAGGAAAUGGAAGAAAAGAGGGAAAUAAAAAGGAGGCUGACACGAAAGCUGAGCCAGAGGCCCACUGUAGAGGAGCUGAGACAAGCCAAAAUUCUUAUCAGAUUCAGUGACUAUGUAGAGGUUUCAGAUGCACAGGACUACGACCGGCGAGCAGACAAGCCCUGGACCCGGCUCACAGCAGCUGAUAAGGCAGCAAUCAGGAAAGAACUCAACGAUUUUAAGAGCAAUGAGAUGGAAGUACAUGAAUCAAGUCGUCAUUUAACCAGGUUUCACCGACCAUAAUAGACCGCAACUGUCUCGAGCAAUUUAGUCUGCUCCUCUGGAGAUCCUUAAGUGCUGGACAGUAAAACAGGUGCCCUUCUCUUCAAUAAGGCCAUGUAUUCUGAAAUGCCUUUUCAGGAUUUACACAUCUGCGUCAGCACUGCACACCAAGAUGCUGACAGCCACUGUCCAGUCCCUUAUAGUAGCACAAAACAACUGUAGGUAAUGCACAUGGCCCCUGUUAGGGGCUCAUUCAACUGUCUCUUAAACCUCUCUGCUGAGCUCUCAGGCUGGUGCUCAGUGGCGUGGAGACUGGACAGCAGAAGAGUCCUCGUUUGCAGUUGAUGGAAACUUGCGCAAAAACCUACUUGGCGUCAUCAGUAACAUCAGUGGACCUAUCUAAGUGGAAAUAUUUUUAAUCCCUUCCCACCUUUCAGGCUGUCCCUAGGAACUCUGUUUAGCUCUUGUAGACAACCCUAUGAGGGUGGAGAGUUGAUCAUUCUGAGCUGAUCAUAUCAGAAAAGGCUCCAUCUUUACUGUAUCUUCUGGGAUUUUAGAAAGAAACAAAAAGGAAAAGCUUCU